UUCCAGAUUCUUCCCAAAAUGGAGAAUGCUUCCAGUGUCUUAGAGUUUAGACUCUCUGGAUUAAAUGAAACAUCUGAAAAGAGAUACUUCAUUUUUGCUUGGACAGCCCUGUGGUAUUAUCUAACCUUACUGUGUAACAUCACUGUAAUUUUUGCUAUUGCUUCAGAUAAAGGCCUUCAUGAACCUAUGUAUAUAUUUUUGUGUAACUUAUGCAUAAAUGCACUUUAUGGAACUGCUGGCUUCUACCCGAAGUUCUUGUAUGACUUACUCUCCCAAUUUCAUGUGAUUUCAUAUGCCGGAUGUAUGAUUCAAAUAUUUGUUAUUUAUUCAUCUGCUUUGUGUGACUUCUCAACUUUAACAAUUAUGGCAUAUGACCGGUAUGUGGCAAUAUGUAGACCUCUAGAUUACCACUCAGAAAUGACAAAUCUGACAGUUCUAAAAUGUAUCCUCUUUUGCUGGCUUGCACCAUUUUGUUGUAUGGCUCUUGUAGUCUUUUUAACAUCAAGACUAGCCUUAUGUGGCUCAAGUAUUGGAAAGUUAUAUUGUGAAACGUGGGCAGUUGCUAAACUGGCCUGUUAUUCUACAACAGUGAAUAAUGUUGUUGGACAAACAGUGAUUAUUAUAUAUUUUGGUCAUGCUGUGUUGAUUGUUGGCUCAUAUAUUAGAUUAAUUGGAACAUGCAGAAAUUCAAAAGAGAGCAGAUAUAGAUUCAUGCAGACAUGUGUGCCACACCUGUUUACACUGUUCAAUUUUACUGUUGCAUUGUUGUUUGAUGUAUUUUAUAGUAGAUAUGGUUCAAUCUCUAUUCCACAAAGUCUGCGAAAUUUCUUCGCAUUGGAUUUCCUAUUCAUACCUCCCAUUUUAAAUCCUCUAAUUUAUGGAUUACAACUGAGUAGAAUUCGAAAAAAAAUUACAAGUUUGUAUUUUAGAAACAGUGUAGGAAUAUCCUAA